CCGUUUUAAAGGGCUAGCCUCACUGUGCUGUGCCGUUCUCUCUCUCUCCCUCCCUGCCUGCUGUGUGCUGCUGAUUCAUCACGAUUAGGUGGUUAGCCAGCCUGCCUGCCAGCCAUAGGCUACAUGCACAAGCCAUGCCAACCAGACUGAGUGGGGGCUUUCAUAGCUAAAGUAGACAAAGAAAGGGCUUGCUUGUCAAACGUAGGCUAGGCUAUAGCAUCGCACUACAGUGCAGAGAGAACAACAUGUGUGACGGUUGGGAAUAUUUUUGAUAACUUCAUUGCGAGAUAGAUUGAUCAUAUCGAGAGUUACGGGGGGACCGGGAAUCCCCCCCUGGUUUUCAGAAAUCAGACAUCGUUAAUCGGUUUACAUAGAGUAGCCUAGCUAGAUAAGGAAGAGGAAGAUAUAUCGUGUAUUCGGGAUGUGUAGCCGAGUUGGAACUGUCUAGAAAACGUGAUUAUUGGUUAGGUGGUUGGAGAUAUUCACAGCAGAAGAACUGUCCGAGUAUUCGAGUGCUGAAACGGAAGCAAGCGGAGCGGAAAACGGGCCGCACUGGAUAGGGACGCAACAACCGCGCGCGCUGUCAGCGUGUGUCUGUCUGUUGCUAUUUCAGAGGAAGGAGAGAUGGAGGGUCGAGAGAUGGGAUUAAAAAACGAGUGGAGCUCUGAGGUGUGUUCAGAGGGGGCUGGUUCUCGUGGCAUGUCGACCACUAAUAAGGGAAACAAGGCCUUGAAGGUGAAGAGGGAGCCGGGGGAGAAUGGGACCACCCUGACAGAUGAUGAGCUGGUGACUAUGUCCGUCCGGGAGCUCAACCAGCACCUCCGCGGCCUCACCAAGGAUGAGAUCCUGCAGCUGAAACAGCGCCGGCGCACCCUGAAGAACCGUGGCUACGCCGCCAGCUGCCGAGUCAAACGGGUCACCCAGAAGGAGGAGCUGGAGAAGCAGAAGUCACAGCUUCAACAGGAAGUGGAUAAGUUGGCGUCGGAGAACGCCAGCAUGAGGGCGGAGCUCGAUCACCUGAGGUCGAAGUACGAGGCGCUACAGAGUUUUGCAAGGACUGUGGCGAGGAGCCCGGGAGUGGGGUUAGGGGUCGGGGGUCAGAGGGGAGGUGGUGGGGUCGGGUCGGUGAUCGGGCCACUCAUACCGGGGAAAGUGGCGGCGACGAGUGUCAUCACGAUAGUGAAGUCGAAAACGGACGCGCGGUCUUAGUAGCAGGCUGGGUCCAGGAGGGAUGAGAUGAAAAAGGGAGGGAAGGGAGAGGAGGAGAAGAAGCUAAUUAGGACUAUUUAAAAAUGAAACCAUUGGUCAGUGCAUCGUCAUUGAGCACAGGACAGAAUUUAAUCAGGUGAGGUGGCCCCCCUUUGAGAAAAUAUCACACCCUGGAUAGUAAUUACUGUGUUUCUACUGUUAUUUUGUACCUGUUGUACACGAGGUCCAAAGUUGUAAUUUUUAUGUAAUGUAGUUAUGCGUGUGUUGUGUCAUGGAAUACUGUGAACUUCAUCCGUGGCCGACUUUCGUUUUGGUAUCAUUCUAUUUGGCUGUGAUUUCUCUGAAAACAACUGGGGGUCUAGGCAUCUAAUCGCCAAGUGUUGUCCUGUUCCUGUCUGUCUGGGAUUGUGUACUAUACUGUAGUAUUAGCCAUCGGGAUUCCAUUGACUGACACGUGUUUAUGUGACUAGGCAAUUACUCCAUUCAAAAACUAACUGAAAAAUCAACAUUUUAGUCAAAAAUGUAUAGAAUUUAAAUAUAGUCAAUUUGAAUGUUUUUCUAAUUUAUUGUUAGAUUUGAUUUUGUUUCAUUUUUUGGGGAAUAGCAAUAACAUACUAAUGUUACUAUGAGGUAUUUUGUUGACAUGGCCAAUAUUUCAACUGUCAAAAUAAUUAUUUAAAAAUCAUUUUUAUUUUCAGUUUUUAAAACAGUGGACUGUUCAAUCUGUUAGUUGGGUGUAAUUCUCACAAGUUUUACCAUAAAGUUAUCAGUGUGAGUGACGUUACGUAUUCUUCAAAGGAUUCUUUGUCUACAUAUGGUCACAUCUUGAAUUUUAUAAAUUACAUAAAGUAUCUUUACAUUAUUUAUAAAAGACCUUUAAAAAAAUAAUCAAGGUAAAAAUUGUUUGAUAUUUCCUCUUUUUGCAAUUGUACCAAAAGUGGCUUAACUAUUGAAGUUGAUAGCUUUGUCUUUCUAGUGACUAGGCGCGUGUGGUUGUUAUGGUGACCGUGAGGCUAGCGCGUGGUGGCGUGACGUUGUAAUGUACAAUACGUGACGAGGUAAUGAUAAUAUUAUUGUUCACUGCGUUGUUGUUAUGGAUACGUGAUGCUGUUUUAAUUUAAAGCGGGUGACGUAGUCGAAGGUCCCUAUGCUCUGCCCAUAUCCCUAUGUAACAGUGGUGGUUGUAUUAAUUGAUGUUUAUUAAUACUUAAUACAGGUGUUAUUAAUGUGUUAUAAACAUGCAUUACAUAAAUUACAAAGUCUCUCUAAUAGGAACUAUUUAUUUAGCAACUGAACGUCUAAAUGUAUAAAAGCCUGAAUAUUCAAAAUGAGUUCGACAAACUGGGAGAAUAAAGAGAUACAGUGUUACCAAGAUACAGCGUUUCCUAGGAUACCCAAACUACUGCAAGGGUGUAACGACUGGGAUAUGGGCCUAAGAUUACAUCACCCGUGCACUUUGAAUAAGUUCGAUUUUUGUGACGUGAUUUAUAGAAUUAUUUUCUUUGCUGUGUAUAUAAUUCUAUGUUAUGGAUAUGUUUAAUGCAGACUGCAUUGCCCAUGUUUCCGUUUGUUUAUGCUAUUCUGUAAAUGCCAGGGAAGUAACACUGUUGUCUGCUAUCUGUUUCUGUUGGGUCAUAGAAAUCCUGUCAUUCAAGGAUUAUACAAGUUCCCCGUACCGAGAUGGUCCAUUUCCAUUCUACUGGUCAGUAUCAUUCUGUGGGCCCGGUAUGGUUUGGUCUGUCUAAAAGCAGGCUUUUCCCACAGACAGAAAGUUUGUUACAGCAUGGUUUUGCCUGUCCAUUACCCACGUAGGUUCUUUUGUUAUUUGGGUACUUAGUUGAAUUGUCCGCAACUUCUAGAGUACAAAUGAUCAAUUUCCACAUGGUUUUAUAAUCACCCUUAUAUUGCCGUUAACUAGAUAUCAAACCGAGACAGUAUUGAAUAUGUUUUGCUUCAUCUUCAUAAUAGGUUGGGGAAACCCUGCCAUAGGCUUUAAUGGAAGUUACUGCUGUGCAGUAGAGGGGAAUGCUCUCUCUCUCUUUACACACAGUAGCUAAAUGG